GUCAAGCAACAGUGAGAUCCGGUCGAAGCCACGGGGCCGAGACCGCCGUAGUCUUGCAUACCGUGAGGCGAAAGAUCAGAAAUCGCAUGUACGAGAGGCGGAGUGGGAUUCGCGUCGGCAAUUAUGAGUGAAGGUGCGAAAAGGGGCUGAGAGCUGCUGACAAGAGCGCAAUGGGAAACGAAAAUGGUUUGACGCAUUCACCGACUUUGCGGCGCUCGUCUGCUAGACGGUCGCUUGGUGAAAGCUUGCAAAGCUACCGCUGUUUGGCGCUAUACAUUCGAGUGCAAAUCGGCGGUAACGGACGACGCCUUUGCCAGCGCGCCACUAACACGACACAGACCGUGCAGAAGCUCUUGCACCAGUCCUCCCGUCGGUAUUACAGUAUUGAUUGUUAUAGGUUAACGGUGCAAGAUGCAGGAAAAGCUCCUCGUGCGCAUCUCCACUGCGGCGUCGGCCUGGCGGGGGGUGAUGGUAAUUCGCGCACUUGCAUGAGGGACUGUACAUGUACCUUACGAUGGCUCUGCGCGCGGCUACACGGGCAAAAGCGUGUGAAAUUGUCAGAGCUCCGCAUGCGGGCGUUCGAUGAAGUUACGCGCCAUUGAACAAUGAGGUUUGAUGAAGGGGUAUGGGGGCUCGGACAACCCAAACGGAAUGACAACACGUUAGAAGAAGAUCGGUGGCCGGUGGUCGGUGUGGUGAUGAAUCAGUUUGUACCGCAGUGAGCAACACCGCGCUGUUCCUGUUGGCGGGUGAGCGCCUCUAAUUUUCCGAAGGGUCAGA